AUUAAAGAAGCUGGUGAUUCCGUGAUUAUUAAUAUUAUUAUGGGAAUCGAGACAGAGCAAAGUGCUGUUGAGCUUUCAACUAUGGCCAUUUCUGAUGCUCAUGGGGAAGACUCUCCAUAUUUUGCAGGGUGGAAAGCCUAUGACUCAAACCCUUACAAUGAAUUCACUAAUCCAUUUGGAGUUAUUCAAAUGGGGUUAGCAGAGAAUCAAGUUUCAUUUGAUUUGCUGGAGAAGUACUUGGCGUCCAAGUGGGAAAAAGAAGCAGUAAGUUCUGGGUUUAAAGAGAAUGCUUUGUUUCAAGACUAUCAUGGGCUUGGAUGUUUCAGAGCCGCAAUGGCGAGUUUCAUGGAAGAAAUAAGAGGAGGCAGAGUCAAAUUUGAUCCUCACAGAAUUGUCCUCACCGCCGGCGCCACGGCAGCCAAUGAGCUCCUCACCUUCAUCCUCGCUAACCCGGGAGACGCUUUACUUGUUCCAACCCCUUACUAUCCCGGAUUUGAUAGGGACUUGAGGUGGAGAACUGGGGUCAAAAUAGUUCCGAUUCACUGUGACAGCUCAAGCAAUUUCCAGAUUACUCCUCAAGCACUAGAAGCUGCAUAUGAACAAGCACGAGCCAUGAACACUAAAGUGAGGGCAGUUCUGGUCACAAACCCAUCGAACCCAUUAGGAGCAACAAUUCAACGUCAAGUUUUAGAACAUCUUCUGGACUUCGUGACUCGCAAGAACAUCCACCUCGUCUCCGACGAAAUCUACUCAGGCUCGGUCUUCUCCUCGUCGGAGUUCGUAAGCAUCGCAGAAAUCCUUGAAUCGCGUGGAUACAAAAACGCAGAAAGAGUUCACGUCGUUUAUAGCCUCUCCAAAGACCUCGGCCUUCCCGGCUUCAGAGUCGGCACCGUUUAUUCUUACAACGAUAAGGUCGUGACGACAGCGAGAAGGAUGUCGAGUUUCACGCUUAUAUCCUCUCAGACGCAGCAAAUAUUGGCUUCGAUUUUAUCCGACAAGGACUUCGCGAAGAACUAUAUUAAGACGAACAGGGAGAGACUGAGGAAGAGAUACGACAUGAUCAUCGAAGGUUUGAGAAAAUCUGGGAUCGAGUGCUUGAAAGGAAACGCAGGGUUGUUUUGUUGGAUGAACCUAAGUCCGAUGCUGCAGAAACCUACGAAAGAAGCUGAGAUUGAGCUUUGGAAUUGUAUUGUGCAUGAAGUGAAGCUGAAUAUAUCUCCCGGUUCGUCUUGCCAUUGUUCUGAACCGGGUUGGUUCAGAGUGUGUUUUGCAAAUAUGAGCGAGCACACGUUGGAAGUAGCACUGAAGAGAAUGCGUAACUUCACGGACCAAAGAAAGAAAGCUACCGCACACAGGAUAUAGAAGAAAAAGAAAUGAAACUCCACUAAGUAUACAACAUAUAUAUUUGGGUAAGAUGACAAUCUAGUUUUUAAUUAUAAAUUUAAGAAUAUCUGAGAUUUUAAACUCGUUCUUCAUACA